GACAACAUUUCCCCAUACAGAUCUGAUUCCUACUACAGAACCAGGACUGUUCAAGGACUGUACCUGUGCGUCUAUCAGCCCCCAUGGUGCUGCGAGCAAAUGCGUUUACGACGUAGUGACAGACUGCCUGCUUAAACCUGUUUCGAGGAAAACCUGUGGAUGGUCCUAUCCGCUGGCGUUCAACGCGCUAACAUGUCAAGGUACCAGAGGACCCCUUUGAAAAACACCGACAAUGUGGUCGAGGUCAAGAGCAAAUUUGAGGCGGAGUACAGACGUUUCGCUUUGAAGAAGAGGGGCACCGGUGGCUUUCAGGAGUUUUACCGGCUGCUGCAGACCGUUCACCACAUCCCCGGUGUGGAAGUGCUGCUGGGAUACGCUGACAUCCAGGGUGACCUGCUGCCAAUCAACAAUGAUGACAACUUCUACAAAGCCCUCUCCUCAGCCAAUCCACUGCUCAGGAUCAUCAUCCAGAAGAGAGAUGUGGAUCAGCCUGUGGUCUUUGCCACCAACUCCCUGCAGAGGAGGAAAAAGGGUCUGGCAGGGUUGCGCCCGGCGCAGCAGAAGACCAAACCAGGCCUGAUGAUUGGCCUUCCCCAGGACUUCCGCCAGAUCUCCUCCAUCAUCGAUGUCGACAUCCUGCCCGAGACACACCGGCGUGUCCGCCUGCAUAAGCACGGUACCAACAAGCCCCUGGGUUUCUAUAUUCGGGAUGGGGUGAGCAUGCGGGUCACGCCUCAGGGUGUGGAGAAGGUGCCUGGUGUCUUCAUCUCGCGGCUGGUGCGUGGAGGCCUGGCUGAGAGCACAGGCCUGCUGGGGGUCAACGAUGAGAUCCUGGAGGUCAACGGCAUUGACGUGGCCGGUAAGUCUUUGGACCAGGUGACAGACAUGAUGGUGGCCAACAGCCACAACCUGAUCGUGACGGUGAAGCCGGCCAACCAGCGCAACAACGUGGUGCCCCGGGCAAGCAAGGUCUCGGCAGGGGGGAACAGCUCCUCUGGAUCCGUAGGCUCCGCCUUCUCCCAUGACUCAGCCCCCAGCCCUGCCUCUCAGAGUGUCAGUCACCAUAGCAACAGUAACAGCAUGGCGGAGGGCGACAGCGACGAGGACGGAGACCUUAUCAUUGAGAGUGACAGCCUGCCACAUUACCUGCCCCAUCGCUGUGUGUCCAACGGUAACGGCAGCCACAGAGAGUCUCCAUUGUCCUCGUCACUGGGGCAACGGCCCCUCCCUCAGAGCAUGUCCCUGCCCAGCAGCAGCUCUCUGUCAGACAGCAAGGCCUCCCUGAGCUCCCUGACCACCCCUACACACAACGGCAGCCCCACCAAGACCAGCAGCAGCCAGGAGAGCAUGAGAGAGGAUGGGAACAUCAUCACACUGUAAAACCCUGACAUACUGCUCGUUUUACUGAUGUCUUCAGGAGACAAAACAUGCACAACUGGAGAAAACCAACACAUGAUGAACGUUAUCUGAACACAAAACAACCAUUUAAAUUGUUACCUCAUAACAGAAAACAACUCACAAUGAUGAAGGCAAUGAUGAUGGUUUUACCUUAAAAGUAUCUGAUGUGUAUUCCAUGCAACUAAACGCUGUGGAACCAGCAGUCGUCAUGUAACGAACUCAGAGGACAGUAUAGUGUGAAUCCUGAUGCCUACUUACUACAACACACAUGAUGAUCGCUGUCACCACCAUCAUACUGGAAGUGCCUUACGGCUUUCCGCUCAACUCGCCUUAUGUUUAUCACUUUUAUUUUAUUAUUUUACUUUCAAACAAGACCACCUCUCACUUCAAUUCGAAACAGUGGCGUUGAUUGUCAGUGCAAAGGUAAUAAUUGGCAGAAGGAGAAGCAGACAACAUUUCACAUUCUAUCUGUCUGUCUGUGAGGGACAUUAACAGACAUAGCCCUUUUCUCUUGCUCAUCCUGCAUUCUGCAAUACUUCCUCAGCAUGUCCAAACAGUGUGUUCUCUUCUGUGACUAUGACAAUCACUGCUGAUUGUGCUGUGCUGCUGGUUGUUAGCCUGCUUAGCUGACAAUAGCUUUUAUCAGAGAGGAAGAGGCGAAGUAAGAGAUUUUACUCCGCCCAAAAUCUGUCCACGAAAAUAAGGGUUUUUGUACAGAGGUGUAUGAGAGAGUGUCGAAUUUGGUCAUCAAAAAAUAAAAUUGCUAGGUGAGGCUUAUUUUAUCGAAUAGAAGUUUCGUAAUGGUUAGGUUGUUACGAAUGCACUGAUAUAAGUGGACACACGUGGCAUUUCGGCAACUUACCCAAAAACGACUUUAUAUCAGAGAAGUGCCUGUUGUCAUAGAGAUAGAGGACUCGUCAUGGAUAUAACCUGUUUUACCAUGGACAUUGCCAUUGAGGGCUUCCACCAUUUUAAAGUAGUCAAUUGGGUUGGGAGUCCUAUGAGUUGGAAGCAAUAAGCCAAUUAAGAAAAUGGACUACUUUAAAAUGGAGAUAGCCUAUUGUGGCACAGAUACAAAUAUGAGUCCUAUAUCUAUCUCUAUGGUCUGUUGUUCACACGCGUAUCUGCGUUCUUAUUGGCUAGAAUGGUCCCACCUGAUCUCGCCUCCUCCCGCCUGUCCUCCAUCUUUGAGGACAUGUAUUUUCAUUGUUAGUGUUCACUCAAAUAUCUUGUCAAUAUAAUAGACAAUCUUUGCUUUUAUUCCUCUGAUCAGAAGUCUUUGUGGAAAAAAAUUCACAUACAGCACAUCUCGAAACAUACCUGUCCUCCUCUGCUCAUCCCCAGGAGGAAUGGAGUUACCACAACAAAAAUGUCAUGGUAUUACUGUACACACAACACAACAAAGUCAAGUGAGUCUUUUACAAUAUGUGUGCUUUGAUCCAAGGGUCCCCUCUGACCUUCACAGGACAGGACUAAACAUUUUAUUCAGCCCUCUGAACAUCCCUACUACAAUUCAAUAUGCAAAGUUAUGGCAUAUCAUAACCUUUUAUAGGAAAAUAUGUAAUGGUACUGUUAAUCAUCAUGGUGUUAGUAUAGGAAAUAGGAGGGAAAUGUGGUCCCCUGUCUCCCGAUGUAGAGGUACAUCGUAUUUAUUUUACUUUCAGAUAGUGACAACACUGACGUGGGGAAUGGGGAUGCAUUAUAGCAGUAUAUCUAUCCAAUUGAUUCUGUCUCAGAACAAUCUUCAAGAGAACACCACUGUCUUUUAUUUAUUUACAGCCACCAAACACUUUCCUAAUCUAAAACAUAGUCAGGUGGUUUGACUUCGUAUUCCUCUCUCAUAGUCUCUGCUUCAGUGAAGUCAGUGGUUGCUUGGAGUUACAGAGGUCCCAGGAUGAAACAUUAGAUUCUGAAGAAUUUCCCUGGCAGACUUGCUAUCAAUUUGUAAGUCGCUCUGGAUAAGAGCGUCUGCUAAAUGACGUAAAUGUAAAUGUAAAUGUAAAUGUAUCUUGCUUUUAGAGAAGCCAAUUCCAUUUUCCUUCAGGACAAGGUUUCUCUCCCCUGAAAAGUUGACAGAGCGUGAACACAACAGAAAUAACAUGGAGUGCUGUUGCUCCAAAAGGUCAUGGCCUCUCAUAGAGCCAGCUGUCUACAGGCCAACUUGUGACUGCCGUGUUUUUGUGUAAAAUAAGGAAAUUCCUUUCAUGUUUGAAAAGCCUAGAGCUCUGCACAUUGGGACCUUGUUCAUACAAUUAACUCAAUUUUUGAUAUCUGAACCUGAGGAGCAUGGGGAGGGAAGGAGGAGAGAGUUCCUCUGAAUUUUGAGGCUUAGGGUAUCAUCUUGCAGUGAGAGCUGUGAGGCAGACGGUCUAAAAACUCCAAGCUUAUUGUUGUUGGUUCUGACCCUCACUACACCUGAACAGAAGGUCUCCCUAACCCUCUGUUAGUACUGGACUGGAGGAAAACUCUGCUGGCACUCACAGCUAGCAAUCACAGCUAGCAAUGCCCACAACCUCCAGGCUGGUGAUGGGCUGUGUCUGUUUCUGGCUGUGUCUUUAUGUCUGGAGUGAAUCACAGAGACAGCAGGAACAUCAGAUGACCUACCACACCAGAAGGAUAAUAUUGUGUUUUACAUGGACAUGAUGUAGCUGUAGGUUAUAUCUCACUCUGGAACCACCUGGAAUAACAUGAGUUGAUUAACUCUCCAUCUUAAUGUUGACUUAGAUUAUUUAAUUGACCAAUAAGACACAACAAAACCAGCAGAGCAUGAAGACCUCCUGUGGCCUGGUCGUUAGUGUUUUACUAGAGCUGCAAUUGUAUGGGUCACUGGCACUGUUGCACCAGGUGGCAGCCAGGUAGCAUGAUACAUUAAUUAACCUGAGAAUGAAGAUGCUCACUUUGAUAAGAGGGGAAGGGCAAUUAUUUAUUGAAAGAGGCCAUCAUAAAAUGCAUUUUUAAAGCUUGUUCUCUUUAUGAACCAAGAAACACAAGUACCUAGUCCUUGGACAUCCUUGUAGAAAAUACAAGAGAAUCACCUGUCUUCACAGAUACAGUAUGGUCUUUUAAUCUACUUACAGGAAUCUGCACUCAUAUAUAACAGAAAAGCUACCACAUACUGUACUGAAUCAUAUUUUAAUGUAUGUAAUUGUAUAUGUAUAUGUACAAAUGAAAAAUUAUAUAAACAAGGGAUUUUUUUGAUUCAAUGGGAGAUUGUUGUAAAAUAACAUUUUAUAAAUGUGUAAAAUAUGGAGAGUAUUUUUCUUAUUCUUGUACUUUUAUUUGUAUAUGAGAAUCCUGGGGAGGACAUUUCUAUUUCUUUGAGUACCGGGAACCAAACAGAGGAACAAAGUGUUAAUAAAUAAUAAUAAAAAAUACAAUAUUCA